AUGGUUGUUGCACUGAAGCAUCUUACGGCAGGACUGCCUCAUGUGUACCAAAGCCCUACCCCGACUUUCAUUCCAGAAGCUCCACCGGCGUACCAAAGCAAUAUCCAGAAGAUCGUCAAGCGGAGUGUCUCUCCCUCCCCUUUCGGCGUUGAAGACGAAGGCAAAGGGAGAUACCGACGAUCCGCAUCCCCGUCGCCUGAAGAGCCGAGACACGAAGAGGUGCAGGAGGUCCCACUCAGCGCAGAGUGCAAUGCUGAUCACAACGCCCGGGUCACGCCCAUGAUCACAAUCUCCCGCAAGCGCAAAAGAUCAGUCGGUCUGACCUCAAAUGUGUUCUCACCGGUAAGGUCCGACCAGGAUGAGGCUAGAGACUUUGGAAGAUUCAAGGGUAUCAUUGUGCACCGGAGGUUCGAAGAAGCGAAGGCAUUUGCAAUGCUCAUGAACCAGGUGCAACUCAAAAUCGAGACGGUCUACCGGCACAUCUUCUGGACCGAUGGCUCUAUCGUCAAUCGUUCCUUCGCAGCUGGGGCAGUUGCUUGGAAGCAGCCAGCCACUACGGGGUGGAAUACAGAAGGCUUUCCUUAUCCUCGGAGUAUUCAAAACUGUGAAGUGGUGGAGAUGUUUGCCAUUGCUCAUGCUCUGAAGCGUGCUGUCAAUGAGGUCAAGAAGUUCCAGAUUUACACAGCUCAAGGCCCCCAGCUACAGCUUACUCAUGAGGUAUUGGUUUUCACUGAUUCCAUCGGCGCUCUUGUGAGCAUCAGCAAAGAUGCCUUGGGGAAUCACAGGAAUCCGUACUGCGAGCAGGCCCACGUCGUUAUCGACUACAGCAUUCAGCUCCACAAACUUGGAGUUCAUGUGGAGCUGCACCUAGUCCCUGGACAUCACAAAGUCCCAGGAAAUGAGCAAGCUCAUCGUGCUGCCUACAAAGCGGCCAAAAUUGUUGCGGUGACUAGCAAAUUCCAGAACCAGCAUGCUGUUCCUCCACAAGGAGCGGAAGUCGAUCCCGCCGUCCUCGCUCCAACCCUGCCCUCUACAAUCCCAGCUGUUCCGGUCACUGGACCUCAUCUCCAUAAGACUUGCCGUACUCUCUCUGGACCAGUCACAUCCCCAACUCCGCUAGUUCUGAUCCCACCAGUUAGUUUGAAAGAUGACGCAAAAGACGAGCAGAGAAAUGGGAUUUCCCUAUCCCCCAUUGAUACUCAAUCUGCUUGCGUGGGUGGGGUCCUAGGCUCUUCGUUUACUCCGGUUGAUGCUAGCUCGGUCUCUUCUUCCAUAGGAAAUCCGUUAACAGGGGUAUCCUGUUCUGCACCUCCGCAAAAAUUCACAAUCUCGCCUCCAGUCUCACUGAGCGUGGCUACCAGGGCACAAAAGAUGGUCAUUCCGCCCGAUAUCCAACAAACGUCGGCAAAUCUUUCGGAUCCACUAGCUGGGGUAUCAUCAGCUCAGGCAAGCGUUUCUGUCCUCAGUCCAAUGCACUGGUUUACCCCAAUCAAUACAAGAUCAGCCAUUACGGAGAUGGUGAGGACUGCUGCGCCCACGCCGGCCAAUCUGGAGUUAUAUGCAGGGGACGAGUCUCGCACUGAGGAUGGCUCUGACUCUGCACCUUAUACAUCAGCCCCAGGUCCAGCUUGCGCCCCAGAGUCUUUAUCUCCCACGACAUUUCUUUACUACAAUAAGCGAAAGGCAAACGGUUUCAGAAACAACGAGGGCCUCUUCUCCAACCAGGUUUGA